UAUAAAAGAGAAAAGAAACCUAAACCACCUCCUUCUCCUUCUCCUUCUCCUCCUCCCCCCCAAAAAACCUAACAUAUCAUCUCAUCAAGCCAUGAAACACCAUUACCACCCUCAAAACGACGUCGCCGUCUCCUCCUCCGACGCUUCCUCCGCCUCCCCCUCCCUCCCCCUCCCCCUCUCCUCUCUUCCUCCUUCCGAUAAGCCUUCCGCUGCUGUCGAGGAUCCCCUGCGCGACGCCACCUCCACCUCUUCCUCCUCCGCCGCCACCACUGCCUCCGCCGACUCCGUCCUUGUCGAGCGCCGCGGUGACUAUUCCGCUCUCUGCAAAUGGACUAUCUCUAAUUUCCCCAGAAUCAAAUCUCGCGCCCUCUGGAGUAAAUACUUUGAAGUCGGGGGUUUCGAUUGCCGUUUGCUCAUUUACCCUAAGGGUGAUUCUCAGGCCCUCCCUGGAUAUCUAUCUAUUUACCUCCAAAUCAUGGACCCCCGCAACACUGCUUCUUCUAAGUGGGAUUGUUUCGCGAGCUACCGCCUCGCCAUUGAUAAUUUGUUAGACUCCUCUAAGUCAGUGCACCGGGACAGCUGGCAUCGCUUUUCCUCCAAGAAAAAGUCCCACGGCUGGUGCGAUUUUGCUUCACUUACUUCUCUUUUGGACCCCAAGUUCGGAUUCUUGCAUUUGUCCAAUGAUUGUAUUCUUAUCACUGCCGAUAUAUUGAUACUUCAUGAGUCCUUUUCAUUCUCGCGUGAUAAUUACGAUUUGCAGGCCAACAAUGUCUCUAUUAUGGGCGGGGGAGGGGUUAUUGGGCCUGUGGUUGGGGAUGUUUUGAGUGGCAAGUUCACUUGGAAAGUGCACAAUUUUAGUUUGUUUAAAGAGAUGAUUAAAACUCAGAAAAUAAUGAGCCCCGUUUUUCCCGCUGGGGAAUGUAACUUGCGCAUUAGCGUGUAUCAGAGCGUGGUGAAUGGUGUUGAGUAUUUGUCCAUGUGUUUGGAGAGCAAGGACACUGAGAAAAACUCCUUGAUGUCGGAUAGGAGUUGCUGGUGUUUGUUUAGGAUGUCAGUGUUGAAUCAGAAGCCAGGUAAUGGUUCCAACCAUGUGCAUCGAGAUAGUUACGGCCGUUUUGCUGCGGACAAUAAGAGUGGGGAUAACACAAGUUUGGGGUGGAAUGAUUAUAUGAAAAUGUCAGAUUUUAUGGGGCCAGAGGCUGGGUUCUUGGUGGAAGACACGGCAGUUUUUAGCACAUCCUUCCAUGUUAUUAAGGAGUUGAGCAGUUUCUCAAAGGGUGGCACUUUGAUUGGUGCGAGGAAUAGUGGAAACGUGAGGAAGUCAGAUGGGCAUAUUGGAAAGUUUACGUGGAGAAUUGAGAACUUUACCCGGUUGAAGGAUCUCUUGAAAAAAAGGAAGAUUACUGGGCUUUGCAUUAAAAGUAGGAGGUUUCAGAUUGGGAACCGGGAUUGUCGCCUUAUUGUUUAUCCCAGAGGGCAGUCUCAACCUCCAUGCCACCUCUCUGUGUUUCUUGAGGUUACAGAUUCACGAAAUACUAACAGUGAUUGGAGUUGUUUUGUGAGCCAUCGCUUGGCAGUUGUGAACCAAAGAAUGGAAGAGAAGUCUGUUACAAAGGAAUCUCAAAAUCGUUAUUCAAAGGCUGCAAAGGACUGGGGGUGGCGCGAGUUUGUGACACUCACUAGUCUCUUUGAUCAGGAUUCUGGAUUUCUAGUCCAGGAUACUGUUAUCUUCUCUGCUGAGGUUCUUAUAUUGAAAGAAACUUCCAUAAUGCAGGACUUCACUGAUCAAGAAACUGACUCCGGAACUGCCUGUUCUCAGUCAGAUGGAAUUGGGAAGAGGAGCUCAUUCACCUGGAAAGUGGAGAAUUUCUUGUCCUUCAAGGAAAUAAUGGAAACUAGAAAAAUCUUUAGCAAAUUCUUUCAAGCUGGUGGAUGUGAGCUUCGGAUUGGAGUAUAUGAGUCUUUUGACACCAUAUGUAUAUAUUUGGAGAGUGAUCAGUCAGUUGGAAGUGAUCCCGAGAAGAACUUUUGGGUCAGAUAUAGGAUGGCUAUUGUGAACCAAAAGAACCCAUCUAAAACUGUUUGGAAAGAGUCUUCCAUUUGCACAAAGACCUGGAACAAUUCUGUUCUUCAGUUUAUGAAGGUAUCUGACAUGUUAGAAGCUGAUGCAGGAUUUCUGCUGCGAGACACAGUUGUAUUUGUUUGUGAGAUCUUGGACUGCUGUCCAUGGUUCGAGUUUUCAGACCUGGAGGUUUUAGCUUCUGAAGAUGAUCAAGACGCCCUGACAACUGACCCUGACGAACUCAUUGAUUCUGAUGACAGUGAAGAUCUAAGUGGAGAUGAAGAAGACAUCUUCAGAAAUCUUCUAUCCAGGGCCGGGUUUCACCUUACUUAUGAAGACAAUUCUUCUCAACCUCAGGUGACCUUAAGAGAGAAACUACUCAUGGAUGCCGGAGCAAUAGCUGGUUUCCUGACUGGACUUCGUGUUUAUCUUGAUGACCCUGCAAAAGUAAAGCGCUUGCUGCUUCCUACGAAGAUAUCUGGUAGUAAUGAUGGGAAGAAAAUUAAGAAGAAUGACGAGUCUUCUCCCAGUUUGAUGAAUUUGUUGAUGGGAGUCAAAGUUUUGCAACAAGCAAUUAUUGAUUUACUUUUAGAUAUAAUGGUUGAGUGUUGCCAGCCUUCAGAGGGGAGUUCAAGUGAUGAUUCUUCGGAUAUUAGCUCCAAACCUUCUCCGGAUGGCAGUGGAGCAACUAGUCCACUGGGAUCUGAUGGAGACAAUGGACUGACGGACUCCACACAGCUUUCUGUGGGGGAGAGAUUGGACCUAGGGAUUGGCGGAAGUAUAAAUUCAUCUGCUGUACAAAGCUGCGAUCUGAAUGGAAUUGGCAUACAUGCAAAAACUGUUCCCGUGCAGCCUAUUUGUCCACCAGAGACAUCGGCUGCUGGUUCAUGUGAGAACCCCUCUCUGAGAUCCAAGACCAAGUGGCCAGAGCAGUCAGAGGAGCUUCUUGGAUUGAUUGUGAACUCCUUGAGAGCUCUUGAUGGAGCUGUUCCACAAGGUUGCCCAGAACCAAGAAGGAGGCCGCAGUCGGCUCAAAAGAUCGCUCUUGUAUUAGACAAAGCCCCCAAGCAUCUACAACCAGACCUAGUUGCAUUGGUUCCAAAGUUAGUUGAGCAGUCAGAACAUCCACUAGCUGCUUCUGCGCUUAUGGAUCGGCUGCAGAAGCCCGAUGCAGAACCUGCACUACGUCUGCCGGUUUUUGGGGCACUUAGUCAGUUGGAAUGUGGUAGUGAUGUAUGGGAACGUGUUCUUUUCCAGUCACUGGAGCUUUUGGCUGAUUCUAAUGAUGAACCUCUUGCAGCCACAGUUGACUUUAUAUUUAAAGCAGCACUACAUUGUCAACAUCUUCCUGAAGCAGUGAGGUCUGUGCGAGUCAGACUAAAGAAUUUGGGUAUCGAAGUCUCUCCAUGCGUCUUAGAUUAUUUGGGUCGGACUGUAAAUAGUUGUGCAGAUAUUGCUGAAUAUAUUCUUCGAGAUAUCAACUGCGAUGACGAUUUUGGUGAUAAUUUCUCACCAACAGCUUGUGGGCUUUUUAUAUUUGGUGAAAGUGGACCUAAGUCUGAAAGGCUACAUUCAGGGGAAGAUCAUGCCUCCCAUGGCUGUUCUCACUUUUCUGAUAUUUACAUUUUAAUUGAGAUGUUAUCUAUACCCUGUCUAGCUGUUGAAGCUGCGCAAACUUUUGAGAGAGCUGUAGCUCGUGGGACCUUUGUCCCUCAGUCUCUGGCUGUAGUCUUGGAAAGACGCCUUGCCAAACAAUUGGAUUUCACUUCACAAUAUGUUGCUGAGAUUCAGCAGCCGGAUUUAGUCAUGGAAGGGGAAGGCAUUGAGCAACUCAGAGAGCAACGAGAUGAUUUCACUUUAGUUCUUGGUCUUGCUGAAAGAUUGGCACUUUCCAAAGACUCGCGGGUGAAAGGAUUUGUGAAGAUUCUUUAUACUAUGUUGUUCAAAUGUUAUGCUGAUGAGUCUUGCAGAUUAAGGAUGCUAAAGAGGCUUGUUGAUCGUGCUACAACUAGUGCAGAUGCUAGUCGUGAUGUAGAUUUAGAUAUGGAAGUUUUGGUGAUCUUAGUAUGUGAGGAGCAGGAAACAGUAAGACCAGUUCUGAGCAUGAUGCGGGAGGUUGCUGAACUUGCAAAUGUUGAUCGAGCGGCUCUUUGGCAUCAGUUGUGUGCCAGUGAAGAUGAUAUUCUUCGUAUUCGUGAAGAAAGAAAAGCUGAAAAUGCUAGUUUAUUGAAAGAAAAAGCUGUUUUAUCUCAAAGACUAACUGAAUCUGAGGCUACUAAUAGCCGUCUCAAGUCCGAAGUGAGGGCUGAGAUGGAUCGUUUUGCUCGGGAAAGAAAGGAGCUGAUGGAGCAGGUGCAAGAAAUUGAGAGUCAGCUUGAGUGGGUUCGCUCGGAAAGGGAUGAUGAAAUCACAAAGCUUAUGGCUGAGAAGAAAGUUCUUCAAGAUCGUCUCUAUGAUGCUGAAACUCAACUCUCCCAAUUGAAAUCUCGAAAACGCGACGAAUUGAAGAGGGUAAUGAAGGAGAAAAAUGCUCUUGCUGAGAGGUUAAAGAGUGCUGAGGCAGCACGAAAAAGGUUUGAUGAAGAGUUGAAAAGAUUUGCCACAGAAAAUGUGACUCGAGAAGAGUUACGACAGUCGCUUGAGGAUGAAGUUCGUCGUCUGACACAGACAGUUGGGCAAACAGAAGGAGAGAAGCGAGAGAAGGAAGAACAGGUUGCUCGAUGUGAGGCCUAUAUUGAUGGGAUGGAGUCCAAAUUGCAGGCCUGCGAGCAAUACAUCCACCAUCUAGAGGCUCAACUUCAGGAAGAGAUGUCACGGCAUGCUCCUCUAUAUGGUGCUGGGCUGGAAGCUUUGUCAAUGAAGGAGCUCGAGACGAUAUCACGUAUCCAUGAAGAAGGGCUGAGGCAGAUACAUGCCAUACAACAGCGUAAAGGAAGUCCAGCUGGGAGUCCACUUGUAAGUUCCCACAACCUACCUCACACACAUGGGUUGUAUCCACCUACUCCGCCUCCAAUGGCUGUUGGAUUGCCUCCUCCGCUUAUCCCAAAUGGUGUUGGGAUCCAUAGCAAUGGGCAUGUUAAUGGUGGUGCUGGCCCCUGGUUCAAUCGUUAGAACGACGUCCCUGAUGUGAGGUGAUAUUGUUUUCGAGUUCUCUUGGCAUCUCAGCCGGUAGAACUCUUGGAAAAAGGUUGAUGCAGAUGUUAUGGUAGGAUUUGUAGUUUUUCUUGUCCUGCUGAGCAUGCAAAUCCAAUAGCACUAACAGUUACAUAUGCCAAAUUUGAGUCUUUCCCUCUUCAAUCAAUAAAAGGCAUUCGGAAAUUUUGUUUA